GUCGUCAUGUAUAACAUCUUACAAUGCCCAGAAUGAAGCGGGAGUGCGAGAGACUUCGAGCGCACAACUUUUGUCCCUAAACAAAAACAGAAAUUGAUUCCGUUUGCAGUCUAGAAUCUGGAUAUUGCAGAUCCUCUCACCUAUUCUCUAAACAUUUCAAACUUGUGUGUACUGGAAACAUUCGAAUUUAAUUAUGGCAGACGGUGGACCCUCGUCAUCGGAAGUGAAAGAGGACGAGGAAGUGGUAACCCUUGGGGAGGCAUUGGAGGCAUAUGAAGAACUGGGGAAGUUAUCAAAUGCGGUGCUCGGAGCCUCCGAUCCGCUCAAUUGCUCCUAUUCCAAGGGCUACUUGAAACGUCAAGCCCUUUAUGCUUGCUUAACAUGCAAUCCAAAAAAUGCUCCACAUUUCCAGCAAGGAGGAGUUUGUUUGGCGUGCAGCUACAAAUGCCAUGACGGACAUGAAUUGGUAGAACUAUACACAAAGCGAAAUUUUCGGUGUGAUUGUGGAAACAAAAAGUUUCCCGAUAACCCUUGCACUCUGCAAAAGGAUAAGGAGGAAUAUAACGAAAAGAAUGUAUAUUCCCAAAACUUUUCUGGAUUGUACUGCACAUGUCACAGACCUUAUCCCGAUCCGGACGAAUCUGCAGAAAUGGAUGGCGGCCCAGGACCUAUGAUUCAAUGCAUUGUCUGUGAGGAUUGGUACCAUUCUGAGCAUGUCAUGCCUGUUGGGUUUGACUACGAAGAUAUAGAGCAAGCGGUGGAAUUGAUUUGUGCUGGUUGUACACCUAAAUUGAACUUUCUGGCCUUUUAUGGAGAGUUGCAAGUCAAACCCAGCAAUUCCGCUUCGGCAGAGGUUGUGGAGGACUCGAACGCCAAAAACAUUAUAACCAACGGGGAAGAACCCAGUAAGCAUGAAUCACCUUCAAACAGCCAGGACAGCGGAGUUUCAUCGUUACCGGAAACUGAAACAAAAUCUUCAAUUAAUCCAAAUGCAUGUCCACUGACAGACACUUCUUGUCAAGCAGAGAUGAAACCGGGAAAUGGAACAAUGUGGCAAGAUGGUUGGCGCAAAAAGCUUUGUCGGUGUGACUCUUGCAAGGCGAUAUACGACGCUGGAGGAGUUUCAUUUCUUUUAGACGAGGAGGAUACCAUUGAAAAUUAUGAAGCUGCUGGGCAGGCUAAAUUGGACUCUGAAAUGGUUCGAGCAGAAGAAUCAUUCACUCGACAAAUGAAUGAAAUGGGUCAUGUUGGUCAGAUUGAAUUGAUUUCAGGAUACAACAAUAUGAAGGAAGCACUGAAGGAUUUUCUCGAAGAAUUUGCUAAUAAUGGAAAGGUUGUUCAAGAAAAAGACGUGCAAGAAUUUUUUGAAAAUUUAAGAGCAACCAAACGCCCACGUUUAGACUUGGGUGGGAAUAAUCAGUUUUAAGGCUCUUGUAUACAUCGAGGUUAGAUCCACCUAUGCCACUGGAACACAACACUUGCAACGUCAAAAUAAGAUUGUGAUUUUUUUAGUGUGGCUUUUUAUCUGCCCAAUAAUUCGUUGAUGAUGAGAAUGAAAAAUAUUAACAUGCAAAAAAAAAUAAAUACCAGCAGUAUCUUCCAACCAGCAGUUCUGAAUGUUGCUAAAGUCAGUAUAUUAGCAAAAAAUCUAUGACUGAC